UUCGGUAGUGAUCAACAAUAUGCGAGAAGCAUAAAAGGCAUAAAUACCCCACGUUCGACGUCCUUUGCGCCUAAAGUUUUCAGUCCGGCGUUUUAUAUCUUCACUAUGCUUCGAUCAAUCGCAGUCCUCCUCCUGGCCGCCGAAUUGGCCGCAGCCCAUGCAGACACAGUCAAAGGCGCCGUGAUAUUCUCUCGUCACGGAGACCGAACAUGGAAGGGAGCACCACCCACAACGCUCACCGCCGUCGGCCAGCAGCAGCUCUACAACUCCAGUACAUACUGGCGGUCUCGCUGGCUCGAUUCGGUCUCCGGGUACCAGAUUGUAAACCUCAGUGAGGAUGUUUACAACUCCGCCCAGUUCUCGGCCGCUACACCUGAUCAGCCCCUCCUCGUCACGUCUGGUCAGGUUUUCCUCCAGGGAUUGUACCCUCCGCUCAAUGAGACAUCUGAGCAUCCGCUGUCAGGAUAUCAAUAUGUCCCUCUCGCCACGAUACCUUCGGACUCUCCGGCGAGCAUCUGGCUUAAGGGUGACGACGGAUGUCCUGCGUACGAUGAUCUUGCCGACAGAUGGAACUCAACGGCCGAGUUUAAAGCCCUUGAAGCGUCAACGAAGGACUUCUACCUUUCCUUCUACGACAACAUCUUCGCUGGUGUCCUUCCCAAGAGCAAGCUGUCCUACAGCAAUGCCUACAAUAUCUUCGAUUACGUCAACGUCGGGAUGGUACACAACAAGACCAUAUCAAACUCGAUAUCCCAAGAAGAGCUCUUCCAGCUGCGAACCCUCGCCGACUCCGCCGAAUGGGCCAAAGCCGGCGCCAUUUCCUCCGCCAACGACCCCCUCGCCGUCUCCGGCCUCACUUUCUCCAGCAAGGUGCUACAGCAAUUGCAGGCGAUUGUCGACUCCAAGGGCACCAAGAACCUCCUCAACGUCAACAUCGGCUCAUACGACACCAUGCUAUCCUUCUUCGCCCUCGCUGGCCUCCCCUCCGUCAACGCGAACUUCUACGGACUGCCCGACUACGCCUCCACCCUCGCCUUCGAGCUAUACUCGCACACCGACGCCUUCCCGGGGGAUCUAAGCGAGCUCAAGGUCCGCUUCCUCUUCCGCAACGGCACUGAUGCUCCUGCAGAGAGCUUCCGCCUCUUUGACAGCAGCACCGCUGCCCUGUCGUGGGCCGACUUCAAAGCGGGAAUGGAGAAGAUCUCGCUCAAGAGUGUUGAGGAGUGGUGUGCAUUCUGUAGUUCUACCGAGGACUACUGUCUGCCAUACAAACAAGAGACGAGGGCUGUGACGAAGGAGGUCGCUGGUGUUAUUGGUGCGGUCGUCACCCUGGGUGUGCUUAUCGUUGCGGCGGUUGUGGCCGCCGUGGCGGGUGUUAGAAUCUCCAGGAGGACGAAGCUGGGGUCCGUGGCGGUUAUUGCUGGUGGAAAGCAGUUUGAUGAGGCCAGCUCUUAUGCUGGGUCGAAGUUGUAAAAUGGAUGAUGUUUCACGGGUAAAAUGACUUAUGGUUUGGGCAGGUUUAUGAUUUCAGGGUGUACGGAAGAAGAGGAAUGAAGAGGGUAUCCGAAGAUGAUAAUUUAUGACCGAGUUCUACCAAACAUUGGAUAUAUUCUCCGGCUAAUCAGCCUUGACCUUUGGAUACAAAUAUGCUAUAAUGAAAUCCAUCCGCAACUCCACACCAAAAGGAAAAGCAUUCGGUAAGGCGAGUGAUAUUGCAUGAGUAUCCUACCAACGCACUACAAAAAAAUACAACUGGCCUACCGCCACAAGAGGGUG